UCAAACCCACACCUAGACCUUGAGCUCAGAUUUUUCAUGAAUAAUAGAUUUUUUUUCUAAAUAAUUGAAGAACGUAGCACACAGAUGGAGGUAUACUACUGCCGUGCCUCGCUGAUCUGACAGACGACAAGAAAUAUAUAGAUAUAUAUGGUAUAUCUUAGGAACCGAAUAUUACGGUCUGUCAUGCUCUUCAGAAGAAAUUCGCGGGUCUUAGCAGCCCUUGCAGUAGGCAUUAUCGUCAUCAUGGUCCACUACAGGGAGCAUUUCCCACAAAUAAAUAUAACAUAUUUUAAGGAAAAUGAAUGGAUUGAAGAGGAUUUUGCUGACUUAUAUACAAGAGAAGAACGUCAAUAUGAACGUGAAGGAAGGGUAGAUGCCAGCCAGUCAAAAGGAACAGAGAAAAAGAGUUCCAAAGUGAAGUGGGCACCAUUGUCCACUGACUCAUCUGUCCGCACAGAACCGCCGUCAAACAAAUACGAAAGCACAGUUGGUGAGACUCCCCAGGCAGACAAUGUGAGCAAAGAAAACAGCAAUGAGUUACCCCCAUGCAACUUCUGCAUCAGAAAUUUCAGAGAGAAGGACCCAAAUUACCGUCUUGACGAACAGAAAGCUGCUGAACUGCAAUGCAGGGCUCUCACGUGUCUGCCGCCGCCUGAAUACUACAUCCCUCGACCCAAGCCAAUAAACGGCUUUGAAUAUUACACAAUGAUACUCUCUCCAAAGGGGGUUUGCAGUGACAAAGAAUCUCGCAUCUUGAUUGUCGUGCACACCAAAGUAACGGGUGCAGGCAUCAGGUCACUAUGGCGACGCGUUACGAAGCCAUUUCUAAAAGCACAUCCACAGUUUCGAAUUUUAUUCAUGGUGGGUUACACGGCAGACACGGCAGCUUGGAAAGCGACCGAAAACGAGGGUAAACAAAAUAACGACAUCAUAGGGUAUAGUUUCAUAGACAGCUACCACAAUCUCCCACUGAAAACCGCCAUGAUGCUUCGGUGGUGCACGGAAAACUGUCAAAACUUAGAAUACCUAAUCAAAAUCGACGACGACAUGUUUUUCAAUCCUAAAAAGCUUCUCCAAGUGCUGAGAAAAUUCUCCAACCAACUCGUCAUUGUAGGGAGAUUAAACUUUCACCACGAGGUCCGUCGUGAUCCGAGUGAUAGUAUCUAUGUGCCAUACGAGCAGUAUCCAUAUCACUUCUGGCCAAACUUCCAAGGAGGCGGACUCUACGUCGUCUCGGGAAAGGCAGUGCCUAAAUUAUGGGCCGUGGCACCGUAUAUCCCCGUCGUUAACCUGGAGGACGCUUGGGUCACCACUCUAGCAAUAGCUACCGGAGUAGAGAGGCAGUUAACCCGGGAUUUCACCAACCGCCGCCCUGAGCGGUGGGUGGAUAAGUUAAAGAAUACUAUCUGCGCCACUGCAGAGAAACAGGUCGGUUAUCUCAUGACAGGGAGAGCCAAGAUGGACAUUGAGAAAAUUUGGUAUGAAUGUCGUAAUGCCUCUGCUGUUUAAACUAGUGCUAAAGAAGUGUGUGCGCAUUAUGUAUCAUUUCUUGUGAGGGGAAAAAGAAGAGUAAAGGUUUAAAACCUUAGUAUACAUGUAUAAAGAAUUGAUACACCUAUCAAAAUUACCAAUAAGUUUAAUAAAAUCAAUUAAUGACUAUUCUUUAACAAUUGUUACCCGUACUUUUAACCUUUGACAUGCCAAUCAAAACUUCUAUUUUAUGCUGUAUCAGUUGCCAUGACAAUAAUCCAUAUAUAAUGAAAUAGAAAAUAGUCAAUAAAAAAGGGACCAGCACGCCUACGAAAUAGUAACCAUCACAAGGAAGGCACUCCUUAAAAUACAUCUGUUCUGCCUGCUAUUCUCACUAUAACAUGUGUGAUUGAACACGUCCAUUAACUAAUGUUAUAUUUCGAAAAUAGAAUUUGAUAUGACUGAAUAUCCUACUGGUACAAAGAAUUCGUUGUU